AUGGACGACUUUCAGGCCAAAUCUGCGAUGUCGGAAGAGCGGCUUCGUUUUGCCUGGCAGCUGGCCAAGGGCACAGCGCUGACCAUGGAGGCGAUCCAGAAAGGGCAGAACAGCAGCAGGGCGCGGCAAGCCCUACGCGUGGUGCCCGGAGCGCAGUUAGCGAAAUUUGCGCUGAAGAACCGCGGGGGCCGUCGCAUCGUGGGGCGCUAUAUGGAACCACCGGAUGCGUAUCGUGUAGCGGAGAGCAGGUGUGUAGUGGUCUACUGCCCAAGCGAGUUUGAUGGUGGUGCGGGCGCCGAAGAAUGUUUGCCUUUGUGUCUUGAAGUCUUACCCCUUGGCAUUGCGGUCUUUGCCAUCGACUUAACUCCCACCAAGCAGAGUCUCUGUCGCCUGGAAGACGUAGAAUGUGCCGUGGCCGCGUUGCGCGAUGGUAGCCUCCCAGGUUUGGCCAACACAUCGCACUGCCUGGUGGCCCUCUGGGGCCGCUCCACUGGCGCGGUGGCUGCCCUGCAAUAUGCCACCCAGGAUCCCUCCGUGGCUGCCCUGGUGAUGGAUUCCGCCUACAGUGAUUUGACCAACUUGGCACCAAUGGCACCCCUCUUUUCGCCGGUCUCCAACUUUUGUCAGCUGCUGGGAAAUACCAGUUUUGUCCAACCUCUGGAAGUGGCCAAGUCUUGUUUUGUCCCUGGCUUCAUUUUACAUGCUGCCGAAGAUCGGAUGGUUCCCAGUGACUGCGCCAGAGACUUGCGCAGCAACUAUGCUGGCGAGGCUCAAGUGCUGCUGAUGCCCAAGUGUUCCCAUGACUCGCAUCGACCUGGCUGGGCCCUGGCACGUGCCAGCCUGUUUCUGGCCAGGGCUUUCAAGUUGGAAAACUCGGCCGUGGCGAAGCUGGAUUUGUACCUCACUAAGGUGGUGAGCUCUGAGGAGAACCUGGACAAACAGCUGGAAAGACAGGCUGAAGAUUUAUUGAAAUCCAAUGAACCUCAGCUGAGGCUUCACGGUUUGUUGCUGAAAGCUGCAAAUGCUUGUGGUCACAGAGUUGGGUUCCAUCGGAGCCUGGCGAAAGGUCAGAAAAGUCGUGGCCGAAAUGGAGUUCUCGGUGUUCACUAUGCCAUUCUCAUUCAGCUUCCACGCUUUGAACACGAAGUUUGCAUUGCCUGGGCUGCGGAAUCAACGGAGUGCAGAGGCAUGGUUCAUUUCCUGACCAUCUCCUGUACAUCUUUGAGUAUCUCUAGGGCGGUGAUAAGACGGGACGAGAAUCUUCAUCGAGUUGCAGUUCAGGAUCUGAUGGUGAAGGAUUUGAAAUUGCUUCCCAGAGAGAAAGCACACUGCCUAAUGUUGACCCUCAGCGAUUUUGGUCGCAUCGACGUGAAGAUUGGCAACGCUCAAGCCUUGCAAUUCCCUGGCACCAAGGACUGCGGUGCAUUGGAAAGCGCAGCACUUUGGACGGCUGCAAUGGGCGAUUCCCGACUGCCCCAAGUUAAGGAUGAGUUGCUUCCUGCCAAGCUUAUACCAGUUGCUGAUCCCUGUGCUGAUCCCAUCGUCGCCCCGAAAGCCCACGCGAAAGCCCAAGCCUUGGAGGAGGCCAGCCUUUUUUCCCUUGACAGCCUCCCAGCGUCCGCAGCGGAGCUUGCCAUGCAAAUGCAGCAAAAAGCGCCGAAUCCUGUCCAUACUUUGCAAGACAAGGAAGAUACAUCAAUGGUGAAAAAGAAGCGAUAUUCCAGUGAAAUGUCGAAUGUGGCGCCCUCGGAGUUGACAGCAGGCACCUUCCUCUCGAAGGCCAACGAUAGCCUGGUGCUGUCCCUCUCCACGGUCAGUGAUGAGGAGAUUGAGGAAAGCCUGACAUCAUCGAGUUCCACUGAGCUGGUGCGAAGUCAUACAUGGCCAGACAUGAAGGCAGCCGAUCCGGAGCCGCAGCUGGAAGAAGUAGGCGACGGGGGAGUCGAGAGCGAGUCGAGAGCGAGUCUCGCGCGUCUCGGAGGCUUUCUUAG